AGCCAGAAUCGCCAGAGAUCUGGUCGCAAAAAUGGCGUCCUCCGCCUCCGCUCGGCCUGCGGCCGGGAAGCGAGUAGUAAAUCAAGAAGAACUCAGACGAUUGAUGAAGGAGAAGCAGCGUCUGAGCAGUAACCGGAAAAGGAUAGAAUCUCCGUUCGCGAAGUACAACCGCUUGGGGCAGUUGAGCUGUGCCCUUUGUAACACCCCGGUAAAGAGCGAGCUCCUGUGGCAGACUCACGUCUUGGGAAAGCAGCACCGAGAGAAAGUGUCCGAGCUGAAAGGUGCGAAGGGAGCCGCCCAGGGUCCAUCUGCAAACGCUGCGUCUCUUCUCAUCAAGAGGAAAGCGUCGGAUGCGGAUAAUCAAGACGCCAAGAGAGCGAAGGCCUCGGUUCCUCAGGUACAGCCCUCCACGUCCGCUUUGUCCACCAACUUUGACAAAACAGGAAAAGAGUCCGCUAGAUCGACACCCAGUAAACCUUCGGGACUCGGUUUACUCCCUGAUUAUGAAGAUGAGGAGGAGGAGGAGGAGGAAGAGGAGGGAGGCGGAGAAGGAAAAAAAGGAGAUAGUAAGCUGCCGCCUAGUACACACGGCAAAGAACACUCACUUUCUUCCUCUCGGGAAGCAACAAGUAGUGUGCUACCAAACGAUUCCUUUAAUACCAAUCCUCCCAAGGCCCCCUUAAUUCCUCAUUCAGGGUCAAUUGAGAAAGCAGAAAUACAUGAAAAAGUGGUGGAAAGGAGAGAGAAUACCGCGGAAGCAUUACCGGAAGGAUUUUUUGACGACCCUGAAGUAGAUGCAAAGGUACGAAAGGUUGAUGCUCCAAAGGACCAAAUGGACAAAGAGUGGGAGGAAUUUCAAAAAGCCAUGAGGCAGGUCAACACUAUUUCCGAAGCUAUAGUCGCUGAAGAGGAUGAGGAGGGACGGUUGGACCGCCAGAUUGGGGAGAUUGAUGAGCAGAUAGAAUGUUACCGUCGGGUGGAAAAGCUGCGGAAUCGCCAGGAUGAGAUUAAAAAUAAACUUAAAGAGGUUUUGACUAUAAAAGAACUGCAAAAAAAGGAAGAGGAGAAUGCUGACAGCGACGAUGAGGGAGAACUACAGGAUUUGUUAUCUCAGGAUUGGAGGGUGAAAGGGGCUUUAUUAUAAGGUUUCUUGUUUUGUUUCUUACCUUACUGGGAAUUGGAUCCGGUGAAGCUCUACAGUUAAGUCCCAGCCCCAGCUCCCUGCCCCCCCCCCUUUUUAAAUUUGAGACAGGGUCUUCCUGACUUGCCCAGACUGGCCUCGAACUUGGAGAUCCUCCUGCCUCAACCUGCGGAGUAGCUGGGAUUCUAUAGGCCUGCUCCACUAUUGUUGUAGCUAUUGUAAAGUUUUUUUCAGCAGUAAAAAUGCUUUCAGUAUAACAAUACAUCUGUUACUCCUUUCCUAGAGGUUUGGAUACUCGUGUUUAUUUUUGAGAUAAAAUGAGCCAGGAACAGUAGCACUUUGGAAGGUUGGUGUAAUGUAUUUUUGAGGUAAAGUUGCUUUUGAAAUUUUUGAAGUGUUAUGUAACAAAGUGCCAACUUUUUCAUACAUUUUAAGGCUUAAGUGUUUACUUUUGAGUUGAAAAUCUGUUAAGUUGUAAAUAUUGUGUACAGUUAAAUAUAUAUUUACCUACAUAAUUAUUUUGAAAUUUAUAAAUUGAUAUAAGUCUGAUAAACAGACAAGUGUUUACAUGAGUACUCUGCUAUUUGAGAUGUAUAUAUUUUUCUGAAUCCUAUAUCAAAAGGUUGGAAUUUUUUAUUUUGUCUUGUUUUAAGAACACUACUCAAACACAAAAGUUAUUCUGGGUUACUCAGUUCUCUGGAUAUUGUAUUUUCAAAAAAAUUUUAGAAGAACAUUGAGAAAAAUGUAUACCAAACAUGUUCAACCUUCUUAAAGCAAACUUUCCCUUUGAUUAGACCA